AUGGUCAAUAUGUUUAUUGUGGCCAUUCAUUUAACAAACUGGGUCAAAAGUAAGCGCAUGCCCAGCACCGACAAAAUAGUGGUGUCUCUCAGCUUGUCCAGGAUUUGUCACUUGUGGACAAACACGAUGCAAAAUUUCCUUCGUACAUUUUUGCCAGAGUUGUACUCUCAGCUUACAUUCUGUCAAGUUUUCUUGGUGGUCAGAAUGUUCUUCAAUUGCACCAGCAUUUGGCUUGCCACUGUAUUAUGUGUUUUUUACUGCUUGAAAAUUGCAAACUACAGUGCUGCUGUCUUUGUCUAUCUGAAGAUGCGUAUCUCCAAGCUGGUUCCUUGGCUCAUUUCUUUAUCCAUAUUAAUAUCUCUUUCAUCCAGCCUUCCGUUUGGCUGGUAUAGCUUCACAGCACAUAACAGGAAUUCAACCAAUGGUCUCUUCCAAAACAUGACAAGACAAGAAAUCUAUUUGGUGCAACAUGUUAAAAACCAAUUCUUCAUCUACUGUUUAGGAUCGUCUGUUCCAUUCUUGAUAUUUUGUGUUGCUAUUUUCCUUAUAAUGAGAUUUCUUUGGAUGCACAUCAGACAAAUGAAACACCGUGACUCAAAUCUAAAAGACGCAAACUUGGAUGCUCACCUGAAUGUGUUAAAGAGUAUGAUCUUCUUUCUUUUCCUCUAUAUUAUAUUUUUUAUAGACAUGAAUUUAAUAUUUUCGGAAUUUCUGCCAAUUGGAAGCAUUUGGAUGGUACUGUGUUCCAUUGUGAACUCUGCAUAUCCUUUCUUCCAUUCAGUGAUGAUUAUCGUUUACAACAACAAAUUAAAGAAACCUUUCUUAAAUUUAUGUCAUAACAUUUUUACACUUAUUAAAAAAUAA